GCGUGUUCUCGCGAGAGUUGGGGCCGCGAGGAAGGAAGGGACGGAGACGCGAACGCGGAAGUGGCGCAGAGGGGCAGCUGCAAGGGGGUCGGUCGGGAGGGAGGCCGCCUCGCGAAGAGCCCAAGCCGGGGAAGCCCGCUGCUCUCCAGGCACAGUGAGAAUCCGUGGCGCCCCUUCCCCCGGCCUCCCCGAUGGUGGGCUUUGGGGCGAACCGGAGGGGCGGCCGUCUGCCUUCCUUCCUCUUCGUGGCUUUGCUGCUGGUGGUGGCCAUCCUGGCCUUCAACUACUGGAGCACCUCCACCCGCCAGACCGUGCUGCAGGAGGAGGUGGCCGAGCUGCAGGUCCAGGCCAAGCGCAGCGACGUUGCCCGCGGGCGCCUGGAGAAGAGGAACUCGGAGCUCCUGCUCCAGGUGGAGUCCCACAAGAAGUACCUGGAGCAGAAGGAGGCCGACCAGAGCCACCUCAGCAGCCAGCUCCAGGCCAAGGAUGGACAGAUCAGGAAGUGCGAGGAGGGGAAGGUCAAGCUUCAGAACAACAUAUCGUACCAAAUGGCAGACAUACAUCGCUUAAAGGAGCAACUGGCAGAGUUGCGACAAGAAUUCAUACGUCAGGAGGACCAGCUUCAUGAAUAUAAGAAGAACAAUACACAACUUCUUAAACGGUUGGAGUAUGAAAGUUUUCAGUGUGGGCAACAAAUCAAGGAAUUGCGAAUGCAGCAUGAAGAGGAUAUGAAAAAACUAGAGGACCAAGUUACACAAGAUCGAAAGCAGACUUCACACAGGAGCCAGUCCAGUAGAGAUGCUGACGGAGGUCUGAGCGAUAAUCUGACAAUACUGAAGACGACUCAAGAAAUGGGCGAAAGGGAUGUCAUUAAGAAUGAAGCACCUUCAGUCAACAACAUCUCGGAUGGCAAAGAGAAAGUUAAACCAGGAGAUGACGCAGGAAUGCCUGGAGUAGAAGAGAACGACCCUGGUAAAGCCGAAGAUACACUCACUGCCUUGAAGAAGCCACUUGUUGAUUUUGAGAAAGUGAAACAUCGGCCCAAUGGAAAUCUGCCUACGGAAAACCCUCAUGCUCCAAAUCUGGUUGAAGGUGUCGACAACCAUGAUGGAAAUGCAGACGUCAUGCAAAGGCAGAUACCACCAAACUCUCUCCAUAACUUAAUUCCUGUUCAUGUCCUGGAAAACCAGAAAACUGAGAAAGAAAUGGCAAAACAAGCCUCAAAGGAUAGAGUCAAUGACUUCCAGAGAAUGAAGCAAAGCCGGUUCUUUGAUGAGAAUGAGUCCCCUGUUGAUCCGCAGCAUGGCUCUAAACUGGCGGAUUAUAAUGGGGAUGAUGGGAACGUGGGUGAGUAUGAGGCAGACAAGCAGGCUGAGCUGGCCUACAAUGAGGAAGAGGAUGGUGAUGGUGGUGAAGAAGACGUCCAAGAUGAUGAGGAGAGAGAGCUUCAGAUGGAUGGAAUGGACUAUGGAAAACCGCGCUUCAACGAUGUACUUUAAAUCCUAAAUUACCUUUAUCUGCGGAAUCCUGGAACAGGAGAAGAAACAACCAACGAAAGCCAUUUUCCAGUAUUUACUGUCAAGGACUGAAACAAGGCACAGCGGAGAGCAGGAAAUCCAGCUCUUUAACAUCCAGCAGUGGAAGCGGAAGGGAAAAGGCGGUGGGCAUGUAUAUAGUUGGUUCUGACCGUUUGCAAAGUAGUGUAGAGGUGGCUGGUUUUCCUACACAAUGAUUCAAGAGCCUGAACCGUUGUAGAGCUAGGCACAACUAACUCUAUAUUGGAUCAGGCUGCAAGACUGUUCCUUCCCCGUAACCUUUGGACUAAGAAGUAACAUUGUGGAAUAACUUGGGGUCAACAUAUUUCUGAAUUGAAGCCACUUUGUAAAAUGGAGAAACUUGUACAGUUUGUAUCUAACAUACUUUAAUUACACCAUUGAGGAAGGAGGGGAAAAUGUACAGAGGGGACAAACUUUGAUACGAUGCAGUAUUUAAUCCACGCAAGCACAUCCUGCCAUUGUGACGUGUAUUUUACAGGUAACAUUUCAUGUCGGAAAAAGUUGGCCAGAAAUACGUCUUAAUGUUUUAUGAAGGAACUUUCAUUAAAAGUGGGAACGCUCCAUGCGACGGUGAAAGGCUGUACAUUAACCUUAUGUGAGGCGAUAUUGUUAAUCCUAGGAGAGUGGUAGAAGCUAUGCUUAGUGGGAAUUCGGCAAGACAGUUGUCUCACGUUUUAGGAAGUUGACCAGUGUCCAAAUCUACAAACACAACAACCAGUAUGUCCAGCACAUAAGAGCUAUGAACAUUGCAUUUACUACAGCAGUACUUCUGAUAAUAUGCAGUAAGAGGUGGAUCUAUUGGGAAAAGUGCUCAUGGACAAUUCUGGCAAACUACAUUAAUUGCUGUGUGAACCCAAUGCGUUUGGGACUCAGAUGACACUCCGUUUCAUUUCAACUUUGCUGCUGCAAUAUGAAUUGUUCAGAACAUUGGGAAUGUUCUCUGUCCUUCUGUUUUUGUGUCUGUGUGUAUAUGUGUGUUUAAAUGUAAGAUUUCUUUAGGGCCGGUUUGGUUUGGCUGCACACUUUCCGCAGCGCACAGAAAUGGUUGUGCCCCUCUAUGCUCCGGCAGCGACAAGCGAUUAACCCUAGCUAGUUAUCAACAAGGGCUACUACUGUGAAUAAACUGUACAGGUCCUACAUGACAGGGUUGAUUGUACUUCACUAUUUCUGUACUCAGGUUAAUGUUCACCAAGAAAUCCAAACCCUUUUAUGGAGAUUUAAUGGAUCGUACGCAUUGAAUUAAAGAGAGGAGAGAUGGGUUUGCCGAAGCGCUCCCUUAGAAAAAGGCAGCCUGGAUUUCUGGCAAUGGAAACGGAGGUUUGUAUUUGGGGAACCUUUUGAGGGCAAUUUCUCCAGCCAAGACUGUUCUUCCUACAGUUUUAUUUACAGCUCCACACACAGAGAUCCAAGGCUGAGCCUCAUUAGAAGUAGUAGUUUUCCUUGCCAUUGCCAUCGGUCUUCAGUGUUGUACUUUGUGAAUUGACCAAAAUACAGGUGUACCCCAAAGUAGGUGUGAUUUCAUUAAGAUGCUGCUGUUGAAAGACAACAUUUAAUAGGUUCUAAUAAAAACUUAAUAUGG